AUGCCUGAUCAUGACAGCACCACCCUCCUAACCAGACAGACCAAGCGCAGACGUGUCGACAUUGGGGUGAAAAGGACCGUGGCUAGUGCGUUAUUCGGCCGCGCCAGGGAGACCCUGCUCGAAAGCAUGAACCAAUCCCACGGCUCCGAUCAGGACGGAGAAUGCUCGUUGGUCGGCCACGGCCACGGCGGCGCCAACGGUGACGGAGAGAAGUCGAACGUUUUGAGGAAACUGCUGAAGAGGGCCAACUCGUACGAAGAUGCCAUGAUGCCUUUCCCUGGUGCUACCAUCAUCUCGCAGCUGUUGAAGAAUAACAUGGGGAAGAAUGGAGGGAGUGACUCAGGCUUCCAGGGGAGUGGAGCUCUGUCCAGUGGAGGCUCAGAGAUCCACGCCGAGGACGUGUGCAGCAACUCCUCCCGCGACAGCCCGUCCGACUGCCUCUCUCCUGGGCCUCCUCUUCCUCCUCCACCCUCUUCCUCAUCCUUUGGGCGACCGGUGCCUCCUUCAAGCCUCAACUCCCACGCUCCCUCUCAGCCCCUCUCCCUGUCCACCUUCGACUUGGACAGGCUGUCGGAUGAGCACCUUCGCGCCAAGCGCGCCCGCGUGGAAAACAUCAUCCGGGGCAUGAGUCACUCGCCCCUGGUCCGGCCCAACGGCGACCACGGCCAAGAAAGCAACCGGGAAAACGAGAAUUGCAGCAACAACAGCAACAGUAGCAAUGACCAGCGAAGAGACGGCAACAGCCACAACGACAGCAGCAGCCACAACCACAGCCGGAGCGACGGCCCUUCUUCCCUCCUGAGCUCUCCGGGCUCGCGGGGCGGCGUGGUCGGCGUCGGCGAAGUUUACAGGGAGAAUAAAAGAAAGCAGCGUCUGCCGCAGCAGCAGCACAGCUUCACGCAGCUGGUGUGUUCCCGGCAGGAGCAGAGACAGGAAGAGAGACGGCAGCUGAAACUGCAACUGGAGGACAUGCAGAAACAACUGCGUCAACUCCAGGAGAAGUUCUACCAGAUUUACGACUCCGAGACGGAGGAAGAGGAAGACAACGGUGAGAGCAGAGAGGCGGACCGAGGUGGAGAAAGAGAGGAGGACGGGAACUUGUCAGAGGACAGCAUCCGCUCCGAUGGCCUGGAGGAGAGGUACAGAGACAGAGGGCGGCGUAGCAAUGACGACCUGUCCGAACUGGACCCGGGCCUGUUUCUGGACCGGGCCCGAGCCCUCCUCCGAGAACAGGCCAUGAUAGACGGAGAAAUGGAGGAGGAUGUGGACGGCAGGGAGGAUGAGGAGCGGAAUGUAGAAAGGGUGAUUAAGAGAAGAGGAAGAGCGGCAGGUGGAGGAAGGCAGUUAGCCGAGACGCUGAAGCAGGAACUGAACUGUGCCGUGUCGCAGGUCGUCGACACCGUCGUCAAGGGCUUCUCCUCGCCCAAGCAGGCCGUCGGGCACCAUCACGGCUGCCACAGCAGCACGCCAGCCGCACCCUCCUCUUCUUCCAACUCGUCCUCUUCCUGUCCUCCACCUUUUGGGCCCCUCCCCUCUCUCACCCCGGACACGCGCUUCGGUGGUGGCGCCCUGGCCCUCGGUAUGAACGGCGACCGCAGUCCCACCCCCAACUACCACUCCUCCAACCAGAGGCUGCAUUGCUUCGCCGAUGUCAUCGUCCCGAGCCCGCUGGAUUCCUUCGGCGGUUUGAGUGGCAGACUGGGCGGUUUGCCAACGUCCAACGACCAAACGGAGGCACUGCCGCUGGUGGUGCGCAAGAGCGGCGGAGGAGGAGUUGGAGGAGAGAACACUAACCCCUCUCUUCCUCCUCCUCCACACCAUCCCUCCCUCCACCCCUCUCCCCUCUCAGCCUCGCUCGGGUUUAGCCCUCCAUCCUUUCGCCACCCAUUCCCCCUUCCCCUUAUGGGGUACCCCUUUCAGAGCUCCCUUUCCCACGGGGGUGGAGCUGGCUACCCUCCAGGGCCCAAGGACCUUCACCGGUCCUCCCCCGAUUCUAUGGACAUGACCCGGGAAACGGUCAGCCUCAGAACCAAAAUGGCGUCCCUCGGAGGAGGCCAUCUCGGUCAUCACCAUCACCACCACCACCACCACAGGCAGAGCUCCCCGGGCCAGCAUGGGCCAGAGGGUCUGUCCCUGUCCCUCAUAAAGUCUGAGUGUGGAGACCUGCAAGACAUGGCCGACAUAUCGCCUUACUCAGGCAGCACCAUUCAGGAGGGCUUGUCUCCCAACCACCUGAAGAAGGCCAAGCUGAUGUUCUUCUACACCCGCUACCCUUCCUCCAACAUGCUCAAAAUAUUCUUCUCAGACGUCAAGUUCAAUCGCUGCAUCACCUCCCAGCUGAUCAAGUGGUUCAGCAACUUCAGGGAGUUCUACUACAUCCAGAUGGAAAAGUUCGCCCGGCAGUCCAUCAACGAGGGCGUGACCGCGUCGGAGGAGCUGGUGGUGGGCCGCGAUGCCGAGCUCUUCAGGGCGCUCAACAUGCACUACAACAAGGCCAACGACUUCGAGGUUCCUGAGCGGUUUCUGGAGGUGUCCCAGGUGACUCUGCGCGAGUUCUUCAAUGCCAUCGUGGCUGGGAAGGAUGCCGACCCAUCCUGGAAGAAGGCCAUCUACAAGGUGAUCUGCAAACUAGACAGCGAGGUUCCCGACGUCUUCAAAUCCCCCAACUGUCUACAAGAACUCCUCCACGACUGACUAGGGCGAGGACGGACACACGGCGAGCGAGACAAACCUCCGAGGACCGUGAGAAGACCGUAAGAAAGUUAGGGAUGAGGUCUUCAGUGGAAAUGCAUUUGAUGUUCACGACGCGAUGCAGAGACUUUACUCGGAGGUUUCCGGAGAGGUUUUUUUGGGGUAUUUAAAAUACAAUAUUAUAAUGCCCUCAAAAUGUUUUAUACAGAAAAAAGAAAUAGUCCUCUUGAAUGAGGGUAGAGGGCUCAAGAGUCAGAUAUUGUGUUGAGACUUUUACCAAUUCAAAGCAAACCAGUAGAAAUCCUUGCACUUAAAAAAAAAAAAAAAAAGCUCCUCCUUACCCCUCCAAAAAACCCCGUCUUCACUCCCCCCCCCCCCCCCCCCUUUCAACAGAGCUCGCUCUUCGUCCUUCUCUGGAGGAACACAGACGUGACGAAGAUGACGGAUGAAUCUUCAGCCCGUGACUUGGGACGGGGAGCAAACUAAAUAUAAAGAUGAUAAUAUAUAAAGAAUUUUUAUUGUGGAUGUUUUUUUAAGUUACAUGCACAUUUUUUUGAAAAAAAAAAAAAGUGAUGUUUCUGCAUUUUUUUUCUUCUUUGUACAAGCUUACAGCCUCUUUACUAUAAACCCUCAGUCAAUCGCAUAGAUACCCAUUCACACACAACCCCAAACACACACACACACACACACACACACACACCUCUUGAAUAGGAAAGCACAGUAGCAUCCCCAAAUCCUCACCUGAACCCAGACAAACUGCACAUAAAUACACUUAGUUGUUGUUCAUUUCCCUUCUUUUUUACCCUCCUCUUUUUACUACUCGCUCUUUUUACUGACUUGCUGGGUGUUUGUUGUGACUGUGGCUCUCCCUGCCCCCACCCUUCCCGUGCGGCCCCUCUUGGCUCGUGUGGCAUUCAGGCACCCAGAGCAUCGAAGACAAAAACCCUUUUUUUUUUUUUUAAAUCUCCCAGAUCUAUAGAUUACCAGUCCUGUUUUUACAAUAUCAGAAAAAUAGGUAAUUCAAACAUUAGACAAAAUGUAUGACUUUUUUUUUUUUAAGUCUUCAUGAAUCUCGUUAACCUCAGUUACCGCAACUUUUCACUAAAUUACUACAGCCUGACUAACAUGAUACAUGGUGAUAUUGAUAGAGAAGGGCCCCUUUUUUUAUAUAAAAUGUUGUUAUGUAUGAUAUGUGACAAAGGUCUGUACUGAGGAGGUCGGUAAUUUCAGUGAUUUCUGGUGAUUUCUGAUUCUGGUGUGUACCAGUGACACUGUUUCUCAUGUAACAUCUGACAGAGAAAUACAUCUGUAAUAGGCUAAUACUGUUUCUGGUCCAAAUACUACUGAUUUAUUUAUAAUAUUUUCAAUAUAUAGCACUGAUGCUGGAUACAUUCAGGACACGUUGUGGACAUGUUAGUGCUGUAACAAUUAUGGUAUUCAUUUUUUUAUAUAUAUAUAUAUAUAUAUAUAUAUAUAUAUAUAUAUAUAUAUAUAUAUAUAUAACCUGUGUUGGAUGCUUCAUCUGUUUCUCAGAACAUUCAAAAUCAUAAAUCGGAAAAAUCACAUCGACAUGAAUUUGUGAUUUCACGCGAAGUGGAUUUACUGUAAAUCGUAAAUCAUUGUUGUAAAAGUAUUUGAAUGCUCAUUUUGUAACAAUGAACAGGAACCAAACCAUUCAUUCCAGUUGCAUGUGCUUCGUAGAUCACUUUCUAAGCGGCACGUCAUUCCCACGUGACACAAACACAAGAAUCAUUCUUCAUGGUGCUCUGGGACAGGCUAACGUUUGGCAAUACACAAGUACUGACUGGACUCAAAACACUUGCACACUUGAGGAUUUUAGCACCCCGAAAAACACUGGCGACUAAACUGUGGUACAAUCAGCCGUUCUUGAAAUUCAUACAUUCAAAGGUGUCAAAAUGUCUCAUUUUAACCCUGUUUUGUGGAAGUCACCAUAGGUCACCAAACCACUAUUGGGAGAAAAUGUUUUCUCUUUGCUCUGGGUGGCACAGACGGGCAGCUGCCCCGGCCGGGUCAUGUGUGAAGAAAAAAAAAAAAAAAAACAGAAGACAGGACAAAAACGCUGAUAUUUGUAGCUUGUAUAGAUGUAAUAAUGACUCUCUGAUCACUCUGAUAUUGUUCUUAUUUAUAACUUGAAAUAAUUAUUCCUUAUUAAUGUUAUUCUGAUGAUCAUUAUUAAUGCUUGCUACAGAUUUGACCGGUGGUUUACUCAUUGUUUAUCCAUUACACUGCAACAUGAAAUAAAUUAUUCUUAGAAAAAAAAAAAAAAA